CCCAGUUUUUAGGUCGCAGCCCUCGGCCCGUCGAUUUCGACAUCGAGGCCAUGCCUGUCAUGUCCAAGAUUGCCGCCUCGGCCGCCCUGGGCGCUUCGGUCGCCUUCUUGGCACCCCAGAAGGCGCCCACCAGGCAGCCCGCCCUUCGCGCCUCCACCCAGCGCUCAGGCGCCUCCCUGGGUGCAGCAGGCCUCAGCCUGGGAGCGGCGGGGGUCCUGGGCGCGGGUGUGGCGCUGGCGCGGCCCAACGGCAGGAGCGUGGUGCGAUUGGCCUAUGACGCCUCCAAGGAGAUCGGCGCCUGUGAUCCCUUGCUCUUCUGGGACCCCAUCGGCUACUGCGGUGGCGACUGCACCAAGCAGGACUUCGAUCGCCGACGUGCGGUGGAGCUCAAGCACGGGCGCAUUUGCAUGUUCGCCGCCCUGGGCAUGCUGUGGCCCGAUGUGUUUGGCAAGUUCGACGGGUACUUGUCUCCAUCGCAGAACUUGAAGUUCGCAGAUGUCCCUUCUGGCCUGGCGGCGAUUUCGAAGGUGCCCCUGGAGGGCUGGCUGCAGGUCUUGCUGGUGGCGGGGCUCAUUGAGACCCAGCUCUUCAAGGACCAAUCCUUCGGCGGCUUUGGCUAUGCCAAGUAUGGUGAGCCGGGCAAUUUCGGCACGGGGUACUGGGGAAGGAAGAUCCAGGACCCUGCGGAGCGCAAGCUGAAGCUCACCACGGAGCUGAACAACGGCAGGCUGGCGAUGAUUGCGGUGGCUGGCAUGCUCAUCCAGAAUGGGCUGACCGGGCAGUCGCCCAUCGAGCAGCUCACGGCGGGCCACAUCUCGCCCUUCAACGACGGCCAGGGCGCCUUCGCGCAGUUCGACCCCUCCAAGGAGCUGGGCGCAUGCCCGCCGCUGGGGUACUGGGACCCGUUCGGCAUGAUGGCCUUCCAGGACGAGGCGAAGUUCCUGAGGAACCGCGAGCUGGAGCUGAAGCACGGCAGGAUUUGCAUGGUAGCGGCCAUCGGCAUGAUCGUCCCGGACCUCUUUGGGCGAUUCGGCGGCUACCUAUCGCCCUCCAUGAACCUGAAGUUUGCCGACGUGCCCUGCACCAUCGAGGCCAUCUACCAGGUGCCGGCGGCCGGGUGGCUGCAGAUCUUGGGCUUCGCGGGCUUGCUCGAGGCGAGGAACUUGGCCUUCCCCAGGAACUACGGGUACCCGCCCUUCUGGGGCCAGAUCAACAAGCUGAAGCCGGAGGAGAAGGCCAAGAAGCUCCUGGCGGAGAUCAACAACGGGCGCUUGGCCAUGAUCGCGAUGGCUGCCAUCGUGGCGCAGAACGGCGCCACGGGGCAGUCCUUGGUGGAGCAGUUCACCACAGGCAAUCUGAACCCCUUCGUGGGUGGCUAUGCCCAACAGGAGCCGGCGAACAAGGUGGCGAUGCGCGCGAACUCGGAGGCUCUGCCCUGGGCACCGGUGCCGGAGAAUCUCACCAACAACAUCUUCGGGCCUUAUGUGGGCGAUGCCGGCUUCGACCCUGCGGGCUUCGCGAAGAACAAGCGUUUGCUCCCUUGGUAUCGUGAGGCGGAGCUCGCCCACGGCCGCGUGUGCAUGUUGGCUGUCCUUGGCUACACGGUGCAAACCUCCGGGGCCAAGUGGGAGCCCUUCAUCACCCGCUACCCCACAGACUCCGCGGAUCCUCUCAAGGCGGCCACCCAGGUGCCCAUCAUCGGCUGGCUGCAGAUCAUCACCGUCAUCGCCUUGUCGGAGCUCUGGCGCUACGAGAAUGUCAUCAGCAAGUACGGUGAAGGCGUGCAGCCUGGUGACCUCGGCUGGAACGUGGAUGCCCCGGCGGGCGGCAAGCGGCCCAAAUGGUUCGGGCCAACCUUCACCGCCAAGUACACCCCACAGGAGUGGAACAACAUGAAGCUGCGCGAGAUUAAGCACUGCCGACUUGCGAUGGUUGGCUUUUUCUUCAUGGUCCUGACCAACGCCUCUACAGGCGCCGGGCCCUCGCUGAUCCCCAGCUUCACCCAGUCCGAGUUUCAGUCCAGCGUCGGCGACUUCAUUCCCAAGGGCCUCUAAGCUCGCGUGCCGGGUGCCCGUUGUUGACACCCGUCG